AUGUCGUGGUUCUCGAACCAGUGGAACAAGUUCAACAGCACGCUCAACGGCGAUGGUGCCAGGGGAGCCGAUGGAGGACAGUCUUCCGGCGUCAUCCGAAGGGUCGAGGUCGUCUGGGGCCGAGAGCGCAUGCAGAUCGUGCUGCCCAAGUUGACGACGCCCGUGACGCUCGGCCACCUCAAGCAGGAGAUCUCGUCCAUCACCUCGAUCCCCUACGAGCAGGUCAAGCUGAUCCACUCGGGCCUCAUCCUCAAGGACGACCGCUCGGCGCUGGCGGCCUACGGCAUCCGCGAAGGGUCGCGCCUGAUCCUGGUCGGGACCGCGGGCGGAGCUCGCUCCGAGGGCGACAAGGUCGGCGCCAAGGCCCCCGCCCUCGGACCGCUCAGCGUCGGAGAGCAAAAGGCGCGCGCAAAGAAGCAAAAGGAGGCCGACACCAGCGAGGAGGGCCUCAUGGCGCGCAUCGACGAGGCGCUGGCCGAGUCCAGGACCAACCUCUUCCCCGAGGUCGAGCUGUUCGAGCGCAGCGUCAAGGCGUUGCCGGCUAGCGUGGAGGGCGCGGACGGUUCCCCCGCGCCGAUACCGGAUGCGGCGGCAGAGGCGGCGGCGCCAGGAGCUACGCCGACGUCGCACGGCGCCGACGCCGGAGCGACAAACGAAGGCGGAUCGGCGAAGCUGAUGACGCCGGCCGAGAUCGCCAACUCGCACCGCAAGACGUCCGAGAUGCUGCUGCGCCAGCUGCUCGCGCUCGACGGCGUCCAGGUCAACAGCGACACGACGAGAGCGGCGAGGAAGCAGGGCGUGCGCGACGUCCAGAGCCACCUCGACCGACUCGACGCGGCAUGGAGCGAAGCAAAGGCCAAGGGCGUCAGGCCGCCAGCGUGA